AUGACAACAGGCACCUCGAUCUCCCAGCCCUCCCCCGACGAGCUUAAAGUAACCGCACACCAGCAGUACGACACCCCCGAGCACCUCACUCCCGAGAACGUGCUCCCCGACCCCCUCGCGCAGUUCCGUCAGUGGUUCACCGCCGUCCAGAGCAGCGUGCGCGAGCCCGAGGCCAUGACCGUCUGCACGGCGACCGCGUCCGGGGUGCCCUCCGCGCGGACCGUGCUGCUGAAGCAGGUCGAUUCGCGCGGCUUCGUCUUCUACACGAACUACACCUCGCGCAAGUCGCGUGAGCUCGCGGAGAACCCGCGCGCCGCACUCAACUUCUACUGGCGCGAGGUCUCGAAGCAGGUGCGCGUCGUCGGCCGGGUGGAGCGUGUGGCCCGAGAGGAGAGCGAGGAGUACUUCCACUCGCGUCCGCUGGGGUCACAGAUCGGGGCGUGGGCGAGCAGACAGAGCAGCGAGGUGGCAGAGGGCGAGGUGCAGGCGCGAGCGGAGAAGCUGAAGCAGAGGUUUGGAGACCAGGUCCCCGCACCUGAGUUCUGGGGCGGGUGGAGGAUCAUCCCCGAUGAGGUCGAGUUCUGGCUUGGAAAGCCCUCUCGUCUUCACGAUCGCGUACUAUACACCCGAGUUGAAGGUUCACCAGACGACGCGCCCCAGUGGAAGAUCGCGCGGCUUGCCCCUUGA